UCUCCGGUAUCCAGGCGGUCCUAACGGGGCACCCGCGCUGUCCACGGACAGACUGCAGCCCUCCCACCACCAGCCGUAGCUGGGAAGUGGGUGAGGGGGAUCCCGCGGCCCCUCAGCUGUCAGCCCCUCCCGGCUGCACUUCCUCUCGCCCGCCCGCCGCUGCAGAAGGCGGCUGGGGAUCCCCGGGGCCCGCCGCCGCCGCCGCCGCCACGCCCCGGCUUUGGCCUGCGAGGUGCCAGUCAGGCCAGCCCCAUCAGGGGUUGGGAGGAAGAAGGGAUCUCUGAUAUCUCCAGUGCCAUAGAAGUUUCUGGCUGUAACAGACAGGCUCCUCCUCUACGAUGACCUCACCCUCCAGCCCCCCAGCUUUCAGGCUGGAGACUACCGAGGGAGAGGAAGAAAAUGGUACUGACGGGAAGACAAGGCAGCGUGGGCCGCCACCCAUGGAGUCACCAUUCCAGGGCGAGGACCGGAAUUUCUCCCCUCAGAUCAAAGUGAAUCUCAACUACCGAAAGGGGGCAGGUGUCAGUGAAAAGGACCCAAACCGCUUUGACCGUGACCGACUCUUCAGCGUGGUGUCGCGGGGUGUCCCUGAGGAACUAGCUGGACUAUCAGAGUACCUGUGCCGGACCAGCAAGUACCUCACUGACUCGGAGUACACAGAGGGCUCCACAGGGAAGACAUGUCUGAUGAAGGCUGUGCUGAACCUUCAGGAUGGGGUCAAUGCGUGCAUCCUGCCACUGCUGCAGAUCGACCGGAAUUCUGGCAACCCUCAACCCCUCGUCAAUGCCCAGUGCACGGAUGAGUACUAUCGAGGUCACAGUGCCCUGCAUAUUGCCAUCGAGAAGAGGAGUCUUCAGUGUGUGAAGCUCCUGGUGGAGAAUGGGGCAAAUGUGAAUGCCCGGGCCUGUGGCCACUUCUUCCAGAAGCACCAAGGAACUUGCUUCUAUUUCGGCGAGCUGCCCCUUUCGCUGGCUGCGUGCACCAAGCAGUGGGAUGUGGUGACUUAUCUCCUGGAGAACCCACACCAGCCUGCCAGCCUACAGGCCGCUGACUCCCUGGGCAACACGGUCCUGCAUGCCCUGGUGAUGAUUGCAGACAACUCUCCCGAGAACAGCGCCCUGGUGAUCCGCAUGUACGACGGGCUCCUGCAAGCGGGGGCCCGCCUCUGCCCCUCUGUCCAGCUUGAGGACAUCUGCAACCUGCAAGGCCUCACACCCCUGAAGCUGGCCGCCAAGGAGGGCAAAAUCGAGAUUUUCAGGCACAUCUUGCAGCGAGAGUUCUCAGGACCGUACCAGCCCCUGUCCCGAAAGUUCACUGAGUGGUGCUACGGGCCUGUCCGUGUGUCACUGUAUGACCUGGCCUCUGUGGACAGCUGGGAAGAGAACUCAGUGCUGGAGAUCAUCGCUUUUCAUUGCAAGAGUCCGUACCGACACCGCAUGGUGGUUUUGGAGCCACUGAACAAGUUGCUGCAGGCAAAAUGGGAUCUGCUUAUCCCAAGAUUCCUCUUCAACUUCCUGUGUUACCUGGUUUACAUGCUCGCCUUUACCUCCGUUGCCUACCACCAGCCUGCCCUGGAGAAGCAGGCCUUUACCCCACUGAAAGCAACUGGCGGGAACUCCAUGCUGCUGUUGGGCCACAUCUUGAUCCUGCUUGGAGGCACCUGUCUUCUCUUGGGUCAGCUAUGGUACUUCUGGCGCCGACGCCUGUUCAUCUGGAUCUCGUUCAUGGACAGUUACUUUGAGAUCCUCUUUCUGGUCCAGGCCCUGCUCACAGUGCUCUCCCAGGUGCUGUGUUUCAUGACCAUCGAGUGGUACCUGCCUCUGCUUGUGUCCUCGCUGGUACUGGGCUGGCUGAACCUGCUCUACUAUACACGUGGUUUCCAGCACACGGGCAUCUACAGUGUCAUGAUCCAGAAGGUCAUCCUGCGAGACCUGCUCCGCUUUCUACUGGUCUACCUAGUCUUCCUUUUUGGCUUCGCUGUAGCCCUGGUGAGCUUGAGCCGGGAGGCCAGGAAACCGACAGCCCCAAUAAGCCACAAUGCCACAGCAGAGGCAGAGGAGCCCAGGCUAGGCCAGGAGGAAGAGGAGGAGGCGUCCCCGUAUGGAGGCAUCCUGGAUGCCUCGCUGGAGCUCUUCAAGUUCACCAUUGGCAUGGGCGAGCUGGCCUUCCAGGAGCAGCUGCGCUUCCGCGGUGUGGUGCUGCUGCUGCUGCUGGCUUAUGUACUCCUCACCUACGUCCUGCUGCUCAACAUGCUCAUCGCCCUCAUGAGCGAGACCGUCAACAGUGUGGCCACCGACAGCUGGAGCAUCUGGAAGCUGCAGAAAGCCAUCUCUGUCUUGGAGAUGGAGAACGGUUACUGGUGGUGGAGGAGGAAGAAGCAGCGGGCAGGUGUGCUGCUCACAGUUGGCACCAGACCUGAUGGUAGACCUGACGAGCGCUGGUGCUUCAGAGUGGAGGAAGUGAACUGGGCUGCAUGGGAACAGACACUGCCCACUGUGUGUGAGGAGCCAUCGGGAGCGGGCAUCCCUGGCUCCACAAAGAAGCCCGUCCUAGGCUUGCAGCCUGGGGAGGACUGUGCCUCAGAGGAAGACCACCUGCCCCUCCGGGUGCUCCAGUCUCACUGAUGGCCCUGGUGCAACAGCAGGCUGUCAGGGUACAGUGGGGAAUCUUUACACCCAUACUUGCUAGCUCUGAGGUUUUGAAUGUUGUUGGAAAUAUAAAAUUUUUUUUUCACAA